AUGGAGGAUGUCACUGUUGACAUUGGAAGACCUCUGAAUGCUCGCAAUCUGAAGAGUAUGGGGGUGAUUGAGCAAGUCAGGGCUAAACUCACUUUAUACGCAUCCUGGCAAGCACUCAAGGAUCAGAGGAAGAUUCCCAAUGGCCUCUACCUCUUCUCCAAGAUUGACCCUCUAGAAAUGGUGGCACACUAUCUACAAGACCUUGAAAGCCAAAGGGUUGAUCUUUCUGAGUUCUGUGUGGAUUGGCUACCUGAGCGUCCACCUAAUUUCAUGAAGAGACAACGGGAGCCAUCUAGGAAGUCCAAGAAGGCAAAGAAGGCAAAAUUGGGAGAAACUUAUGGGUCAAGACCUCUAGUCCCUCUGACUGAUUCUCCAAGUAAGUUUCCGCCUCCUUCUCGCUCUGUUAAAUUAAAGCCACUUGCUUAUUCUCUUCCUCAAACCACUCCCAUCUACACCCAAUCAAAAACACCACCCUCAACCACCAAACCCUCUAAACCACCAUCUCUAAAAUUCAAUCUCUCAACCACUACCUUACCUGUUUCUAAACAACCACCACAACCUGAACCAGAAGCCACUACUCCACCCCCUGAACAACAAAAUCCACCAUCUGAACAACCACAAACACCACCUCCUGAACAACCAGCAACUUCACCCUCUGAACAACAACCUAGUCCACCACCUGAACAAACAACACCACAUGAACAAACACCACCACCUGAACAAACACCAUCAUCACCCUCUAAUAUUCCCACCAUACCAACCUCUGAGGAUAUCAUCAUCCCUACUCUUCAAACUCCCGCUGACACCAACCAAAUACCACCAUCAUCCCCAUCCCCCAACUCUGAACCAAAACCUGCCUUCCCCACCUUAGAAGAAGCAAUCACUUUAUUUGCAGAGUCUUCAGUGGAGAAGAUCAAGUCUCUAGAUGUUGGAGUAAGGCUACAGGCUCGCUUGGUCAGGGAGGCUGAGGAAAAGGCCAGAAAGGAAGCAGAAGAGAAAGCUUUCCUAGAAGAAGAGCAACGAAUCAGAGAAGCUGAAGAGAAGGUUGUUGCUGAAGUUGCUGCUACUGAAGCUGAGGCAAAAGCAAAAGCCAAAGGUGAAGAAGCAACAUGCAUUGCUGCAGAGGAAGCUGCAAAGGCCAGCGUUGAUGCUCUUAAUCAGUGGGAGCAAUCUAACUCUAGUUUCGCCCCUCUGGUAUUGAAAACUCCGGAGGAACUAAAAAAAGGAACAACAAGUCGUGAGAGUAAGAUUGGAUCACCAGGACUCUGUCAAUAA